UGAUGCUCGAAAUAGCAGCUUAUAUAAGAGUGCUGGUGCAUCCCAGCUAUCAGAAACGCGGAUGUCUGCUUGCUGAACCGUUUUGAAAAGUGCAGAACUGGAUAAUGUAAAAGCGUAGUAAUCAUUUCAAUUGGAUAAGAAUGAUAUGGCUACGUGCAAAUAUCGUCAUGAUUACGUUGAUAACGACUUGUGUCAGGGCAGACAGAUUUGCAAUAUUGGAGGGCCAAAUAAAAGCCUUUCAGUCCAACGUUGAGGUGGGGUAUUGUUCAGAGAUUGAACGCAAUACAAGGAGAUGUUGGUACAUUAACUAAGAGAGUUUCUUAUCUUGAAUCUCUUGUUAUCACGCUGGAAAACAAGGUUGAAGAGCUCAUAGGCAGAACAACCGAUGUUAAUGGCAUCAUUAAUGAGCAGAGAUCUACCAUAGAAGACGGUAUUAUGGUCAUCAUCAGGGGGCUUCACAGCUCCUGGAGUGACUGGUCUUCAUGGUCUGACUGUUCUAAUUCAUGUGAAAGAGGCAGAAGAAGUAGACACAGGUAUUGUUAUGUACCUCCGCCUUUAACUGAUGGCAUUUGUAUUGGUGAUGAUACAGAAACAGAGGAAUGCGUCAUUCGCGAGUUAUGUCCUUUGGAUGGUCAAUGGGCUUCAUGGUCGACAUGGAGCACCUGUUCUGGGUCCUGUGGUGACGGCGUGGAGACAAGAAACCGAUCUUGCUCCGAUCCAACUCCUGCUAAUGGUGGAAAGGUGUGCCCGGGACCUGACAUUGAAACAAACCCAUGCAACUUGCAGCAGUGUGUCAAAUAUGACUGCAGUGAUGUGUUAAAACUGGGCCUGUCACGCGGUUCGGGUGACUACAGAAUCACCUCCUGGAACACGGACAAAGAAGUGGACGUUUACUGCGAUAUGGAUACCGAUGGUGGUGGGUGGACGGUGUUUCAAAGACGUGUGGAUAGGUCUGUUGACUUCAACAGGAGUUUUGUGGAGUACGAGCAGGGAUUUGGCUCACUGGAUGGUGAAUUUUGGAUGGGUCUGGAUCUUCUUCACUCCAUUACAAGCCGGGCUAACAUGACCUUACGUAUAGACGUAAGUUUAACAGAGGGAACAACUGGAUUCGACGAGUACUCGGGGUUUUAUAUUUCUCCACCAGACCAAUACAACUUCAACGUUGAUAGGAGGAUCAACUCAGCAAGAAUGUCCGAUUCCUUUCUUCUCUCCACGAUCGGUGAUGCUUUGGAUAUCAACCACCGGCCGUUUACAACAUACGAUAGGGACGUGGACAAGUUGCCUGGUAACUGUGCCGGAUACUAUGGAGGAGGCUGGUGGUACAGUAGGUGCGCGCACAGUAACCUGAAUGCACAGUACAAUAGUGGCGGGUUUCAAUACUAUUCCUUCAAACAAUCCACAAUGUUGAAGACGUCAACUAUGAUGCUACGAUUGAGUAAUUAAGAUUUACCCGCAGUAUUUAAUGCAUUUAAUUAUGGUUUGUAAAUGCAUUCAAAAAGUGUUGCGGAUUAAUGAACCGUAGUAUUUGAUGCAUUUCAUUUUGGUUUGCGAAUUCAUUCAAAGAGUGUUUCUGAAUUAUGAACUUGAUGCUGUGUUUAAACACAAUCAACUAGUUUUAGCAUUUAAGGUAAACAUAAAACCAUUUUUUAUUAUUUUGACAGACUUGUUUAAGAAAUCAUUUCUCAUAAUUCGGCAAAAUUCUUUUUAUUAGUUAAAAUCAUUUUGUCUAGGGUAAAGAUGAUCUCGCUUUAGUAGUCAUUUAAUACGAAAGAGUUUUUAUAAAUAUUUAUUGUAUGACCAGGAAGUGAGAUUCUAGUUACAGCAUUAUUACAUAUUUGCCAAUUAAAGGCUAAAACACAGUCAUUUUUAACGGUAUCAAUUUAUUACGUUACGUCACUCGCUUUGGAUAUGUAUUUCACUAGUAUGUAUCAAAAGUAUAAUAUGAGUCCUGUUCAAGGAAAGAAUUGCGGGAUUGAUGUCAUUGUCGGGGUAUAUACGCAGCUGGGCUGAUUAAAGUAUGUGGAGUCCGAAAAGACAUCUUUCAUGCAAUUCAUUACUUAUAUUAACAACAAAUGUUUAUUAUUUCUUUCAGGAACUAUUAAUGCUUGUUUUAAAAAAACUUACAGUAAUUAUUUCUGAACUAUUCUGUAAAUAGACCGACUCAACUGUAACCGGAAACAGUUUAUCAUUUUACGUCACAAAAACGCGGGAAAAAAUCGAUUAAUUUCAAAAUCCCUUCAAAACGUCAAAAUUUAAACGUUAAUGACAACAUUGAUCGCAAUUUUUCUUGCGUUUAUACUGUACGGACGCAGAACGUCACUCGAGCAAAUUCCUUGAAGCGUGCUUGCGUUUCUUGGUCAUUUGCUCGCGCGCAUUACAGCAUAAACGCAAGAAAAAUGCGAUCAAAAGUUAUAUUUACGUUUUAAAAGAAAUAUUCAUUGUGACUCAUCAUUAGCAGUAUAUUCUGUAACUGGGUAUUAUUUUUGAAAGAAGUGUACAAAAUACGUUUGGAUAAAUAACAAAAUAGCAGAUUUUGUAACAUCGUAUAUCAUUGGUUUAAUUGCAGCGCAAUAUUGAACUAAACAAUGACGUCAUAUAACCAUGCGUGUUAUACAAUAUAAACUUCAAAUUUAAUCUACACAGGACUAGGCGAAUGUCAUUUUUUUAAUUUUAUAAAUUAACAAUUUCUAACAUGUUAAUAUUAGUUUUAUGUGGCCUGCUGGCACAGUACAAACAAUAACAAAGUAAAAACGUUUUUAAUAUAUACGUAUAUUGAUAUUCGAUGAUUCGCGAUCCCAACAUAUCCGAAGAUGUUGCGUACAUCGAAAAAUAUUCGCUAUUGCCGAAAGACAUUUCAGCUAGAGAAUGGAAGUUGAUGUGUAAAUAGUUUAUGAUUGUGACGUCAUGUAUUAUAUAAAUAGAUGAACUGGAUACAAUUUUGUUCCAAGUUAUGAGAGAGUCCCUUCAACUAGCGUGAAGCACACCUCUUAUUAUUAUGAUAUUGAAAUUUUAUUGACAAUGUCUCUUUAAUUCGCGUGAAGUGUACAUAUUGUUAUUAUCAUGUUGUAAUUUGAAUGGAAAUGUUCCUUUAACUCGCAUGAAGUGUACAUAUUAUUAUUUAUAGAAGCCGAAAUCUUUCGACCUUCAAAUUUAAUUCUUAGUAUUCAUGUUUUCUGUAAAAUUGACGAAAACACAUACAUUCUAGCACCAAUAACCUUUUUGCACUAAAAUGAAUCAAAGCAAAGCGGUCUAAAGUAUCUUUGCAUUAACGUCACUUUGAACGUGUUAAAGGUGAUUCAUGAGUUAAUGUCACUUUGGUAGUUUUAAAGUUCUAAGUGCCUUAUUAUAUACUAUCACUUUGGCUGUUUUAAAGAUAUGAGAGCCUUAUUAUCUAAUAUCACUUUGAAUGUUUUAAAAGUUCGAACUGUCUAAUUAUAUACUGUCACUUUGGUUGUUUUAAAGUUCUAAGUGCCUCAUUUUAUUGUAUCACUUUAAACAUCUGUUUUAAAGUUAUAAAAGCCUUAUUAUCUAAUAUCACUUUGGCUGUUUUAAAGUUCUAUUAUUCUAUAAUAUCAGUUUGGUUGAUUUUAAGUUCUUAAUGCCUUAUUAUUUAGUCACUUUGAAUGUUUAAAAUUUCUAACUGCCUCAUUAUAUAAUGUCAUUUUGUUAUUUUAAAGUUUUAAGUGCUACAUUGUAUAAUUUCACUUUGGUUGUUUAAAGUUCCAAGUGCCUUAUCAUUAAAUGUCACUUUUUUAUUUAUAAGUUAUAAGAGCCUCAUUAUAUAAUGUCACUAUGGUUGUUUUUAAGUUUUAGGUGCCUCAUUAUAUAAUGUAAUUUUGGUUCGGUUAAAGUUAUAAGAGCCUUAUUAUCUAAUGAUACUCGUGUUUAAAGAUAUAAGUGCCUCCUUAUAUAAUGUCACUUUGGUUCUUUUAAAGUUCAAACUGCCUCAUUAUACAAUGUCAUUAUGGUUUUAUUUAAGUUAUAACAGCCUCAUAAUAUAAUAUUUACACCUCAACUUCCAUUCCUUAAAUGAACUGCCUUUCGGCAAUUGCGUUCAUCAAUCGAUGAACGCAACAUCUUCGGAUGUGUUCGGAUCGUAAUUCAUUGCAUAACAAUAUACAUGAAAGCUAUUGAUCUUGUUAUUGGUUGUAUUGUGUCUGCAGGUCCCGUAAAAUAUAGAUCAACAUUUUUAAAAGUGUUAGUUUAUUAUAUUUUAAAUAUAAUGGUACCAGAAGUGUUUCAAAUUUACGUUUUAAAGUGAUUUCAAGUGGUUGAUCUAUUCCCGCGUUAUUGUGACGUCGGACUCCACACACAUUGGUUGUAUUUAAGUUAUAAGUGUCUCAUUAUAUAAUGUCUAUUUGGUUGUUUUCAAUUUUAAGAUUCUCAUUAUUUGAUGUUACUUUGGUUGUUUUACAGUUAAAAAUGCCGCAUUAUAUAAUGUCAAUUUCGCUGUUUUAAAGUUAUAAGUACAUUAUUACUAAAUACCAUCUUAAAUAUGUAAAGAUUGUUUAAUAUCAUUUAAUGUUGUAAGGUUCAGAAUGCCUCAUUAUGUAAUGCCACUUUAAAGGUUUUAAGGUUCUAAAUGCCUAAUAGCUUAAUGUCAAUUUAUUUUAAGGUUCAAAAAGCCAUUUGUGAAAUAACACUCAAAAUGAGUUUAAGGUUUAAAUGCCUCUUUGUUUAAUGUCACUUUGAAAUAUUUUGAGGUUUUAAGUGUAUCUUUGUUAAAUGUCAUUUUGAAUGUUUCAAGGUUCUUUGUGUCUCAUUGUUCAGAGUCACUUUGAAUGUUGUUAAGGUUCUAACUGCCACUUUAUUUAAAGUCUCUUAGAAUGUUUUCGC